AGAGUUACUAAGCCCCAUCUGAGUCCAUAGCAGCUUAUUUUAGCCACUGUGAUUCCUCACGGGCAUCACUGAGUUUGAGGACAAAAAUGAAAGUACAGCCACAUCGAAAGAAGUGAGUUGAAGGAUGGUUGGUUCCAUAUACUUAUAUACUUAAAUAGUAAUAUAUAUUGACAUUCUAUAUCUAUUUUUUGUCUUAUAUUUGUGUAUUUAUGAUUUAAGAUUUUGUUUUAAAUUUUUAUAUCAGCCUGUUUUUACUAGAUGUGCAGCACCUUGGUCAACUUUGCAUUGUUUUUAACAGGCUGUAUAGAUAAACAUGAUAUGGCACGGUAAUGUAAUUUGACACUACGGUGAUACUGCAUUAUAGUGGUGGUCACUAUGACAUUCUCAUGGUAUAAUAGGUUUGAGUAAAAACACCACAGUACUACUGUAUGUACACAAAUUUAAACUGUAAAUGUAUAAAAAUGAUCUAAUUGCUUUUAAUUUAAACAGAAAAGCUACAAUAUUAUUUAUUUAUUUAUUGCAGGGUUUUUUUGUACCAGAAACCUUUCCAAGUAGAUAGACUUUUGUUGUGAGGGAGAAGUGUAGCAACUUUUUCCUAAUUUUUCUAUAGCUUCGUGUACAAAUUUUCUUGAGAUCUAUGCAGUUAUCCCAUAUUUGGUUUUAACAUUUUGCUGCAGAAAUAUAUAACUAAAAGAAACACAUUUUAAUAAGGAAUUUUGAUUAACUACGUGCCAAUUAUGUGGAAAAACAAGAAAAUUACAAAUGGCUAUUCUCUGUCAGCUGCCUUAUGUGAUGUCACCAGGAAUGGGUGCAUUGAAGUUUGUUUUUAGAAAGGUAGAUUUUAUCCUGAUUGCAUAGUGAUGUACAACAAAAUGGCAAAUAAAAACAUAUUAUAACUUGACCUAUAGCUAUCAAACUGUACAAAAUGUGAGUUUUAUUAAUUUAGCAGAAAAGUCUCUGUUAUAAGUAAAAACCAACAUAAUGCUGUUUAAUGUGCAGGAAUUUAUUUUUCCGAGUGUCCUCGCUCACUCUGAUGGGGGUGAAGCUCGUCUUUGUCAUGGAGGGAGAAGCUCCCAAACUUAAAUCAGAAACGAUGAGCAAAAGGACAGAAAUGAGAUUCGGAGGAUCCUUGAAAGCCCAUUCCUCAAAGUCAUCCACAACUACCAGCAGAGGGCGCUUUAAUGCUGUACUACGAGAGUGUGCAGAGAUGUUGGACUACCUGGGUGUGCCCUGGGUGACAGCAGCUGGGGAAGCAGAGGCCAUGUGUGCUUACCUGGACUCAGCAGGGCUGGUUGAUGGCUGCAUCACCAACGAUGGAGAUGCAUUCCUGUAUGGGGCUCGGACAGUCUACAGGAACUUCAAUAUGAACAGUAAAGACCCUCAGGUCGAUUGCUACCAGACAUCUCGAGUUAAAACCGAGCUACACCUGUCAAGAGAGAAUCUUGUUGGCUUGGCCAUUCUCCUUGGUUGUGAUUAUAUUCCUAAGGGUAUACCUAGUGUUGGCAGAGAGCAGGCCUUGAGGCUUAUACAGACCCUGAGAGGACAGUCACUUCUACAGAGGUUCAACCAGUGGAAGCAGGAGAGUCCUGACGUGCCUGUCGGAGUUGCAAAGAAAGUUCCUCACUGCAACUUAUGUCGACAUCCUGGCUCAGCUAAGGCACACGAGCGUGGCGGCUGUGUGCUCUGCGGCAGUCAGCGAUUCUGCCAGCCUCAGGACUUCGAUUAUCAGUGUCCAUGUGACUGGCACUGCUACGAACAGAGCCGCCAGGCAUCGUCUCUGGAGGCAAACGUCAGGAAAAAAACUCUGGCAAGUCAGCAGUUCCCAUUUACAGAGAUUAUAAACGAGUUUCUGGUUUCCAAGGAUAAACCUGUGGCACAUUUUAAGAGGAGACAGCCAAAUAUUCUGCUGAUGCAGAAAUUCACUUAUGAGAAGAUGGGGUGGCCAAAACACUACACAAGUGAAAAGGUUUUGGUCCUGAUGACCUACACUGAGCUGAUGAACAGAAAAUAUGGAAGAGACGUGCCCUCUCAAAUCAUGCCUAUCCGAAUUCUGAAACCAAGGGUGAGGAACGCUGUUGCUUGCUUUGAAGUCAUCUGGAACACUCCAGAACAUUUUGUGUUUCCAGAGGAACGACCCACAGAGGAUCAACAUGAAGUGAGGACAGUGGAGGAAGAGUCACUUUUCCGUGUGGCUUUCCCGGAGAUCGUUGAAAGCUACCUAAGAAGCAAAGCUCUGCUUAAAGAGAACAAAACUAAACAGAAGAAAGCGAGACGUAAAAAGGACAAACCAUCUGAUAGUCCUGCUGGUGUCGCAGAUCUCUUGGCUCAGAUGACGCUUCAGUCGUCCUUAGAGAACAGGUCCACUCAGCCACUAACUCAUCUCCCUUCCAGCUCAAGCUCAGAAAAAACAGAAUUGAUCAUUUUAGACACUCCAGUGAAUCGUAAGCAACACAGGAAAGAAAAAGAAGACGGUCAAGUCCUCGAAACUCUGCCUGAAGUCGAACCAGAAAGCGCUUCACCUUCUGUCUCUGCCAUUAUUGACGCUCUACAUCUCAGCGAUAUUGACUUGGAUGCGUUUUCUUUCACUUCCUCUCCUUCCUCACCGGCGGUCCAGGGUGCAGAGCCUGGGCAAACUGAUGAAACGCAAGGUGCAACCAAACAGCCAGAGCUCUGUUACACUGAGUGUCCUCUGAGAGACAGAGUCCUCAUGAGGAACGCAGAUAAAUCUCUGAAAGCUACAUGUCCUGAGCUUGCAGCUGAGGUUUCAAAACAUCUGAACUGUGAGUUGGUCAUUUCACAUGGAGAGCAAACUGGGGAAAUUUCCAGUGGAAGUAGCAGUGAGGGCAUCAUGUUGACUGGCAAUGAAAAGGAACCGCUACCACACAAAAUCCAAUGUAUGUUAAAAGAAAGUCUUGAAAGAUCAAAAAAGCAAAAAAUUUUGCCAUGUGAUGCUCAAAGUAAGACAAAGGAGGAAUCUAACGGACGUGAAAAGCCUCCUCCAAAAUAUACAUUUGUCAGAGCUGCUUUGUCAUUGUCCUCUGCUCCGCCACAGAGAUGCCACUCUGACCCAGGACAAAGAGCCAAAAAGGGCAGCACCAAGAAGACCGUCUGCAUGAGCGUGUGCUCAUCCAGCGAGGAUAGUGAGGUUGAAAACCGGCAAUCUGGACCUCAACGUCGAACAAAACUGAAACCGGCAGACAAAAGUAUACGUAGCCUAAUAUCAGACUUCCCUCUAAAACCUCUAAAAACAGCUUUAAACUGUGAUCAGUUUAAAGCUGCUAAUCCAAAGACUUCUCAAACGCUUCAAUUAACUGGACCAAAAUCACAGAGCCAUGGGGAAAAAGUUGAAAAUGAAACACCUGCAUCGACGAAAAACAGUCGUCAGGCUGUUCAAACAACUGAAGUCAAUGAUGAUGAGAUUCUCCAGACUCCUGAUUCUCCCGUCAUUGUGUUAGAUGGUGAGGAUUUGGUGAUUUGUAGUGACAGUCCCCUGCCACUGGCUGAGAGACUGAGACUAAAAUUUCUGAAGUGAGCAUCCAGUUUUGU